GUCAGUCAGCGAGAGCGAGGGUUCCUAAAAAUCUACAUAAAUCCAAACCGGCAAAAAUAGUUUUGCUCAGUGAUUAGUUACUUAGUGAAUAAAAUGGAAUCUGAUGGUGAAAUAGAAUAUCUCGACGAAGAUGCCGAUAUUGUCCAGCAAUGUGUACAACCGCCACCUCCAUUUACAACUGAUAUAGUAGAAACGCCAAAAUUCGACGAGUCUGCUUCGAAUCAAACACCUCUUCUUGUUGAACGCAGAAAAUCUGAAAGAAAAAGAAAGAAGAAAGAGAAAACCGAGGAGCAUGAUUCAGAUUACAACCCUGAUGAGGAUAAUAUGCCGCCGAGUCCGCCCAGUCCACCAGCCACUAAGAAAAAGAAACCGUCAACACGAAAAUCGGCUCUUUACAAACCUUUGGUUACUAUAGUGAAAACAGUUGGUUCGCAGGCAAAGUCUAUAGUAAAAACACCUGAACAGGUGAUGUUGAAGCGCAAAGAUCUGGACAUACGGAUACCAGACUAUGACGACCCUCUAUGUUUACCAGUCAGAGCUGUAAGAAGUAUCGCAACUGAUAUGGAUAGAUUGAAAAAAUGGAAUAACGCAUGCAUUGAGCAUUUGAAACACAGUGACAAUUUAUUAAAGCCAGAAAGAGGCCAAACCAAGAGCUCUACUCGGAGUGUUGUGCUAAAAAACAUGAUUCACAAGGAUUCUGGUCGGUCUGAGACUGUAAUAUGGACGAAAACUUCUGUUGUCAACAGGGAGGGUGCGAGGAAGUCAGAAUUAUUCCAAUGUGUGCUACCUAAAUUCCGAGAAAAGAACACCCUUGACCCAAUAAACAUUGUCAAUGAUAAGAAGAAGAAGUUUCAUCACAAGAACGAAGUUGUAUUGACUAAGGAAGAGCAUAAGGGCUGUGAUGUCUUGGUUGCAUACAAUAGCCACGAUACACUUUCCGCAGUAUAUAAAUUUGAUAAUGCAGAAAGAGUUGAUCGGGACAGAAGUCCUGAGCGUUGCCUUCGCGAGGUGGCGAGCUGCCGCGUGUGCGCGCCCUGCUACCAGGCCUCCUGGAGGGGCACCAAGACCAGGGCUGAUAAGAAAAAGUUGCUCUGCCCCAUAUGCCGUCGCGUCGCAAUAAGCGUGUACAACCUCCUGAGGCACGUGCGCUCUCAUUCCGACGCCGAAGUGAGACAACACAAGCGUGCCCUCUCGCGAGCUCUCGCACAGGUGGUGGACUAUCAUUACAACUGUCGGAUAUGUCAAAAGAAGCUGCAAAGUAUCAAGGAUUUGAGGGAACACGUGCGCACGCACAAAGGUACUACAACUUUCAAAUGCGAAAUCGGCAAUCACACAACCACCUGAUUGCGUUGUUUGUAAUAUUAAGAUAUUUUGAUAA